AUGGCGCCGUCGUUGAACAACCAUUCUUCCUUUACCCGCCCUCGCACUGGCGACCGUGAUGGCCGGCCCAGCACGCGCGACCAAGCCGGCGCUGAUAUGCUUAUUCCCAGUCGCACUUCAUCGCUGCACUCUCGCAUCACGCAGCCCAUUCCCUCGACUUUGACAGUGAAGCCCCAGCACCGAACACCCAAGACCCUUACUCAUGCCUACAUGGUUUGCGGCGUCGGUCGCGAACCGUCGCAAUGGGUCAAGGCGCCGGCUCCCGCCCAGGGCAAGAUUGGGCAUAUGAAGGGUGCUGUCGGUCAAUUCUGGCUCCCCGAAAUCCUCGGCAGCAGCCCUCGUCUGGAGCAGGACAAUGAAAUUGCUCGUGCUCUCCAUUCUGCCAUGAGGGCUUGCUUCCCGCACGACGUGGAGAUUUGCACUGGCAGGAGCCAGCCUCACUGCGUUCACCACGCCUUUGUGCUCCAGCAAGAUUCUUCGCACACCCUGUAUGGCAUCUGCCUCCGAGUUUGGUCUCGGGCCGACGAAAAGAGGGCCGAGACUAUUCGGGAUUUGCGCAAGAGAACCGAGUCUGACUUCUACGACAAUCCAGACGAGACUUACUGGAUUCCCUACUGCCUGUCCUUCCUAUCCCGUUAUCCCAUCUACAACCUCCUGGGAGAUUAUCUGAGAGGCAUGUGGAUUCACUGGAAUAAGGCUACCAACUUGUUCCAUGCCGAGGAAGUCUCACGUAUCCUUAGCUUCCCAGCUCCUAGACUGAACGACUUGGUCCGCAUUGACAUGAGGGACUACGCUCUCUGCUACCAGUUCCCGUCCUCCCCUACCGGGUUCCAGAAUUUCUCCAUGUGGCCGCUGUUCAAUUGCUUGUCCAUUCCCAAUAUAGUUGGCGUUAUCGAGGCAGCUAUUUCUCCGACUCGACGAAUCAUCUUUGUGAGCCACUACGCGGCCAUGCUUACAAUUGCCGCCGAAACUGUGCGGUAUUGCGCCCGAGUUUACGAGUGGAGCGGGCUUUACGUCCCUGUUGUACACGCGCGCCAUGCACAAGAGCUCGUCCAGGAGCCCGGCCCUUAUAUUCUGGGCGUGACUGCCGAGUGCCGAUCUCUCUUCACAGCCCCGACGGACGCUUUGGUCGUGGAUCUCGACCGCAAUUUUGUUCUCACGUCCAGCCCACCAACUGCGCUCACUCCGAGUCAGCGCAACAAAUUUGUCACUCGCCUCACCCAGGCUCUUAACGGUGAUGUCACCCCUGCUGGUGUGCCUCAUCACCUUCGAUCAGCCUAUGGUGGCGGCAAGCUGGUCCCUGCUGGUCAGAUUAUUGUCAUGCGCGGAGAAGUCGAGUCUAUCCAAGACCCUGAGUGGUGGAACCAGGACGCAGUGAUGGCUGUUAUGGACCAUGUAUGUGAAAAGACGGGCCGCAAUACAGGCAUCAAGGCCGUAUUUGGCGGCUCUGUCAAGAAGCCUCUCAUGACCAAAGUGUCAAUGAGACAUCUCAAUGAGAUUGUUCGUGAGCGGAAUCAGUACUCUCGUGACGCUCUUGAAGCGUGGCAAGAUUUUAUCAAUCUCAAGGGCCGAAUGGAUACCGAGCUCAACAAGGUCAACAAGAGAAACAACUAUCUCGUCGAGGAACUGGAGAGUUGGAAACAGCAAUUCCUCAAAUUUCAGGCCUUUGCUGAACAGCUUACUAAGGAGACACAGGAUCUCAAAGUCAAAAUCGAGAGCCACAAGAGAGAGAACCGCCGUCUCACUGGUCUCAUUGAUCAACAGAAGGACGAUAAUGCUCGCAUGUCUGUCCGUCUUACUGGCACCGAGAAGCAGCGCGACGAUGCUCUUAUGGCGCUCGUUCUACAGCAGGAGAUGGCCGAAGAUCUUGAACGCGAGAGACAGAGGAACAAGAAGGAGCUUGCCCAGCUCAGCCACACUAAUUCCACCCUUCUGCGACAGCGCGAUGAGGCUCGUCGUGUAGUGAUGCACUUGCAGAGUUUGAUUGGUGGCCAGAGCCAUCACAUGGAGCAUCUCAUCCAUUCCCUCACCAGACCCGACGAACUCGUUGCCGAGAUUGAAGCUGGUUAUGAGAGUGAUGAGCAGGAGGGCUCGGAUGUCGCGCCUGGUGAUGACGGGACAAGCCAACUAAAGACUUCACGCAGCAAGCGCCUCUCUGCUGCUAGCUUUGCCGACGUUGCCGACCGUCACCUCAAAGACAAGACGGAUGCCAUAGCUCACAUUGUCCGCAACAUUGCCGAUCAGUGCCAGGCAGCCGUGGAGAGCCUGCAGCUGGCACACGACGCCGAGUACCGAUCAAGCAGACGUCACAGUGGCCUGUCCAGUGCCCAUACCGAGGACGGCCACGACGAUCGCUCAGUUGCCGCCUCGGACAACGGCGAAGAGAGACGCCUCCAGCCUGGUCGCACGUCCAGCAUUCCUCCUACUCCAGAUCUGAUCCCCAACCGCAGUAGUACUGCCAUGUCCUUCGCUUCAGCUACCACCACGCCAGAGCGAUCUAGCCAGCAGUACAAUUUGAGGGACGAAAUCCCCACCAAGAUUGUCGAGGACGACGAGGAGGACUACGAAGAGAGCCGCAGUGAAGGCGGCGGCGGCGUCACUGAUGAGAACGGCGUUGUGGCCAAGCACACCGAGUCUCUGCUGCACCGCCCAUCUGGCGCCAGGAUCAGCGCUCUCGGGGGCAACGGCGGUCGGUGA